AUGGCGCCAGCGGCUCCGUCGCCCCCCUUCCGCCGCCCGGGCCAUAGCCAAAUCGACCUGCCGCCGCGGGACCCUCUGCUCGCGGGAUGCGCCGGCGGCGUUCGGCGGGCGGGAUCCUCCUCCGCAAUCCCCAGCCAGUCCGCUCGAGUCGACCGCCGCCGAGGACCUGUCUCUCCACCGGCGUCUGAGGCUACGCCGGCGGCAUCGCCGGAGCUUCCGGAGGACAUCCUGAUGAUAGUCCUCGGCACACUCGAGAUCCCCGACCUCAUGCGCGCCGGCUGCGUCUGCGCCUCGUGGCGCUCUGCGUACACCGCACUGCGCAGCCUCGACAAGCACAAGCAGGCCCAGACGCCGUGCCUGCUCUACACCUCUGAAUCUGCUGGUGAGCAUGUUGCGUGCCUCUACAGCCUCGUGGAGAAGAGGGUCUACAGGCUGACCCUCCCGGAGCCGCCUCUCCGCCACCGGUUCAUCAUCGGGUCCUCGUUGGGCUUCCUGGUCACCGUCGACGAUAGAUCAGAAAUGCACCUCGUCAAUCCUAUUACUGGCCAGCAGAUUGCUCUCCCUUCAGUGACCACCAUUGAGUACGUGAAGCCCAUCUUUGAUGACACGGGUUCGGUCCACGAGUAUGAAUACCCAAGUCACUCUGCAAGACGGGCUUUCUUCACGCCGUCGAUCAUGCCUCGUUGUGAGCUGCGGGAAUGCUUCCAGUUCAAGGCGUUUGUGUUCCAUGACACAUCGGCAGGAAGCUACAUCGCGGUGCUCAUCCACAGGCCAUACACUCACCUAUCCUUUGCAAGGGUUGGGGAUGACAAGUGGACCUUGCUGGAACCACACUGUGACUACCAGGACUGCACCUACAAGGAUGGGUUGCUGUAUGCAGCGAGUACGACGGGAGAAAUUCAUGCCUUCGAUCUUAGUGGUCCUGAUGUUACAAUGAAGAUUAUCAAGGGGGGAGACGAGGGCUUUGAUCCCGAUGCUGUACACAUUGUUCAGGCUCCAUGGGGUGGUCUGCUGCUUGUUUCAAGAUUAAAGGAGUUUGAUGAUCCUGAUGAAGACGUCGACCCUAAAAUACCAGUUCCGAAUACCAGGGAAAUUAAAUUACACAAAGUUGAUGAUGGUGCUGAGAGGCUUGUGGAAGUUGAUUGCUUGCCUGAGCAUGUGCUGUUUCUUGGGCUUAAUGAUUCACUUUGUCUCAGUGCCAAAGAUUACCCUGCUCUCAAGGGGAAUCAUGCCUACUUUACUGACGAUCAACAGUACAAUCAGGCUCGUAAGAGUAGUCGUCGUGACAUUGGAGUAGUUGGCUUUGGCAAUUAUAAUAGCAAGGAGGACCUUGUGUCUCCUCAGCUUUGGUCCAACUGGCCUUCUCCCGUGUGGAUUACACCCAGUCUUACUCUGAUGAAACUGCCGCCAAAUGACCGUUGGCUCAGUGGACCAUUGUGUGGACUCCCAAAGAUAGAAGAGGGCACCUUGAGGGGUCUCUUUGCCAACCUUGGGAUCCCAAUCAGCAUUGGUCCAACUGGGAUGCUCCAGUGUUUGAAGAAGUAG